UGUCGGUGUCACUCAACUCCCUGCAGGAUCAGUGCACCUCCCGGACGCGACAUGGAGACCGUGGUCCGCCGCUGCCCCUUCCUGUCCCGGGUGCCGCAGGCCUUUCUGCAGAAGGCGGGCAAGUCUCUGCUGUUUUACGCCCAAAACUGCCCCAAGAUGAUGAUGGAAGUGGGGGCCCAGCCAGCCCCCCGGGCCCUGUCGGCGUCUGCAGCGCACUGCCAGCAGGUCAAAGAAACCCCUCCGGCCCCCGAGAAGGACAAAACUGCCAAGGCCGAGGCUCUGCCGGCUGGAGAUGGCACGCAGCUUCCCCCCGGACACCCGGCCCCCGCUCCAAGCCAGGGCGCUGCAAGCAAAUGCCCCUUCCUGGCAGCCCAGAUGAGCCAGCAGGGCAGCAGCGUGUUCCGCAAGGCCAGCCUGGAGCUGCAGGAGGACGUGCAGGAGAUGCACGCCGUGAGGACAGAGGUUGCCCAGGCCUCAGUGAACCCCAGUGUGAUCAGCAUGAAGACGCAUGGAGGGGAGCCGAGUGGUUUGCUGAAGAACUUCCAGGACAUAAUGCGAAAGCAAAGGCCGGAAAGGGUGUCCCACCUGCUCCAGGAUAACUUGCCGAAGUCUGUUUCCACUUUCCAGUACGAUCGUUUCUUUGAGAAGAAAAUCGAUGAGAAAAAAAACGACCACACCUAUCGUGUUUUCAAAACCGUGAACCGGAGGGCACAGCUCUUCCCCAUGGCGGACGACUACUCGGACUCCGUCAGCAAGAAGCAGGUGUCGGUCUGGUGCAGCAACGACUACCUGGGCAUGAGCCGCCACCCCCGGGUGUGCGGGGCGGUCAUGGACACCUUGAAGCAGCAUGGUGCCGGCGCCGGGGGCACGAGGAACAUCUCUGGAACCAGCAAGUUCCACGUGGACCUGGAGCAGGAACUGGCCGACCUCCACGGGAAAGACGCGGCCCUCUUGUUUUCUUCCUGCUUCGUGGCCAACGACUCGACCCUCUUCACCCUGGCUAAGAUGAUGCCCGGCUGUGAGAUUUACUCUGAUUCUGGGAACCACGCCUCCAUGAUCCAAGGGAUUCGGAACAGCCGGGUGCCAAAGUACGUCUUCCGCCACAAUGACGUCGGCCACCUCAGGGAGCUGCUGCAGAGGUCCGACCCCCAGGUCCCCAAGAUCGUAGCGUUCGAAACCGUCCACUCCAUGGACGGCGCGGUGUGCCCGCUGGAAGAGCUGUGUGACGUGGCCCAUGAGUUCGGGGCGAUCACCUUCGUGGACGAGGUCCAUGCGGUGGGGCUGUACGGGGCCCAAGGCGGAGGGAUUGGCGACCGGGACGGAGUUAUGCCAAAGAUGGACAUCAUUUCUGGAACACUCGGCAAGGCCUUCGGCUGCGUGGGCGGGUACAUCGCCAGCACCAGCGCCUUGAUCGACACCGUGCGCUCCUACGCUGCCGGCUUCAUCUUCACCACCUCCCUGCCGCCCAUGCUGCUGGCCGGGGCCCUGGAGUCCGUGCGCAUCCUCAAGAGCGCCGAGGGGCGGGCGCUGCGCCGCCAGCACCAGCGCAACGUCAAGCUGCUGCGGCAGAUGCUCAUGGACGCCGGCCUGCCCGUGGUGCACUGCCCCAGCCACAUCAUCCCUGUCCGGGUGGCAGAUGCUGCUAAAAACACCGAGGUCUGUGACGAGCUCAUGAGCAGACACAACAUCUACGUGCAAGCCAUCAACUACCCCACGGUGCCCCGCGGGGAGGAGUUGCUGCGGAUCGCCCCCACCCCGCACCACACCCCCCAGAUGAUGGACUACUUCCUGGAGUGUCUGCUGGCCACGUGGAAGCGCGUGGGGCUGGACCUGAAACCACAUUCCUCGGCCGAGUGCAACUUCUGCAGGAGGCCGCUGCACUUCGAGGUGAUGAGCGAGCGCGAGCGAUCCUACUUCUCCGGCCUGAGCAAGCUGGUCUCCGCGCAGGCCUGAGUGUCCUGAGCCCGGCCCGCUGCCCGCCGUCCCUCCCACAUAGCCUCCAGUGUCGUCUGUCUGCGUGGACUAAAUUAUUAAAUUUUAAUCUAUAGCGAAGGCACAGUCCUGAAAAUAAAUUCUUGUUUACGUGCUGGGUC